UCUCUUUGUUGUUUCCAUCAUAAAUCAUUUCAAAUUUUCUUUCUACGGUCAUUACACUUGUAAGCCACAUGAUCUUCAACACGAUGAAACGUCAAGUGUUAUUCCUUAUACUUGUGUUAUCAAGGACGGUUACAAGCACAAAAAAAUUUGAUCACUCGUCUCUGCGGAUUGAUGGUCGAAUGGUGGAGUUGUCAUUGAGCUAUUGUUUGAGUUGGAGGCUAGCAGUGGAGACAAACAACAUAAAAGGAUGGCGUACCAUCCCUAUUCAAUGUCUCCAUCACGUUGAGGCAUACAUGAUUGGAGGACAAUACGAAUCUGAUCUAGACUUGAUUGUUGAUCAUAUCAGCAGUUACAUCGACGAUAUUAUCUUGUCAGACGACGGAUUAGAUGCUUGGAUCUUGGAUGUCGAUGAUACUUGCCUUUCAAAUAUAUUCUAUUAUAAAGGAAAGCGAUUCGGGGUCGACCCAUACGACCCACAAGCAUUCAAGGAAUGGGCAUCGAGAGGAAUUUGUCCAGCGAUUCCUUCAAUCCUACGAUUGUUUUUUAAACUGAUCGAAAGAGGUUUUAAGGUGUUCCUAAUAACUGGAAGAGACGAAACGACAUUUGCACAACCGACCCUUCACAACUUGCACUUUCAAGGAUUCUUUGGCUUUGAAAGACUCAUUUUAAGGAGUGAAGCAUACAAAGGGCAAAGUGGUAUGGUUUACAAAUCAGAAAUUAGAAGGAAAUUGGUGGAAGAAGAAGGGUUUAGAAUUUGGGGAAAUGUUGGUGAUCAAUGGAGUGAUCUUCAUGGCCAAUUUCUUGCCAAUGCAUCUUUCAAACUUCCAAAUCCUAUGUAUUUUGUACCCUAAAAAUACAUGGUUUUUUAUAUGAAUGAGUUUUUUUUUAAUCAACAAAUAUUGAUGUAAUAGGUUGAAAGAUGAUUGGUCCAUUUUGGUUAGUGUAUAUGCCUAAAAGCCAAUCAUUAGAUUAUUCUAUUUGGAUAUUGUGUUAUGAUAUUUAUUAAUGAAAAGUAUUCUCAA